GAUGCGCGUGCGUGCCGGGUUAGCGUCACUCUUGACCAACGCGAUACCCGGCUGCACCGACCCGUGCUCCAGCCGCCGCCGACGCUUGUCAUUCGUGCAUUCGAAGUCGCGUCCUUUUCCUGCCGGUACGUGUUUACUUGAUCUCUGUUGUAUUUCAGUUUAACUGCCGUUGCCGCUGCGCACCGCUUAGAUAGCAGCGCGUGUACACUGCCCGCCAACCCCCGUAGCAGAACGUAGCGCCGUGCAAAUCAGUCGACUACUAUCGCACUACACUACACAAGAACCAUAAAAAUGACUACGGCGACUACGGAAGAGACCAAGAACGUCCCGCAAGACGUCAAGGAACCGGUGAAGGACGGUGCAGACGCCGUUGCCGAAACCAACAACAAACAGACAGAGAAUAAUGACAAGAAACCAGCAGUAGCAGAAAAGGAUGACAAAGUUGCAGCCCCUGCUGCUCCGGUCGAACCGCCGCAACCAAAGUUCUCCGUGAAAAAACAGAACUUCGAUAAGGACGUUGUAUACCUGUACCAGUUCUCGCGCACUCCUGUUAUUCCAUCCAUGUCACCGUACUGCUUGAAGGUGGAGACAUGGCUGAGGCUGGCUGGACUCAAAUACGAGAAUGUCGACCACAAAAUGAAACAUCGUUCCAAAAAAGGACAAUUACCAUUUAUUGAAUUGAAUGGUGAAGAAAUUGCUGAUAGUACUCUAAUUAUUAAAGAGCUUAGUCAGAAAUUUGGCAAAGACAUUGAUGCUGCAUUGAGCCAAGAUCAACGUAACAUAUCACACGCUAUGAUAUCGAUGAUUGAGAAUAAACUCGUUUGGGUUAUAACAUGGUGGAAGACAAAAACUCCAGAAAAUGUUAUCAAAGGAUACAAAGUGAAUUUGCAACAUGCGCUUGGUACAUGGGUUCCAAAUGGAGUUCUCAAUUUCUUGUUCAAGCACAGUUAUAGUCGAAAGGGAUUAAAAAAAGUUAAAGCUCAAGGAAUUGGAGUUCAUAAGCCUGAAGAGAUUUUGGAAUUUGGACAAAACGAUCUUAAAGUUUUAUCUGAUGUUUUAGGCGACAAACUGUAUUUCUUUGGAAAUGAACCUUCAACUCUGGACGUAGUGGCUUUUGCAAACUUGGCACAAUUGUUCUUUUUAGACAAAGAUGUUGAAUGUCAAUUACGAGACUAUUUAGUGGAUAAUUUCGGAAAUUUAGUAGAACACACAAACCGCAUUAAGGAACGGUGUUUCCCUGAUUGGGAAGACAUGUGUAAGAACCUAGACUUAAACAGCCACUUGCCAAAACCACCACCAGUUGAAGAAAAGCCUAAAGAAGAUGGAGACAAGAAGGCUGCAGAAAACAAAAAUACUGAAAAGGAAGCUAAAGAAACGUCUGAUGAAAAAGUGAGUGAAGGUGAUGGAAAAAAAGAAGGAGAGAAAGAACCAGAAGACAAAUGAGCGAUAUUUGCACUGGUUACAAUAAAGCAGACUCAUCACCAUCAUUUUAAAUUAAGCGAUUUCACCAACACUUUCGACCCAUCAUUAUACUAUUGACUUAAAAUGAAAAAAAUCAUACAUGAUGUAUUAAUAAGUUACAUAAAUGUUAUAUGAAAACAUAUAAUUAAUACCCACAAUCCAAUUUUUUUUAUGAACUGAUUUUUUGUGCUCGGCAACAAUAAUUUAUACGUAUUUGUGUUGUCGAGCAAAUAUGUUUCAUAAAAUUGACUCCAUUUAAUUAUUAAUACUAUAAAAAUUCUUUAUAAAAAAAAAAAAAAAAAUACAAUUUAUUACUGGGAGACAACUCUGAAGCUCAGGUAUUAACCUAAUGCAUAACUCUUAAGUAUAUUAAUUAUAAUUAAUUAUCCAUUUUAUUUAUGUGUUAAGACUUGUUUGUUUGUUUGGGCCUACGCUUUAAUUUAAAUGGGGACCAGACAAAUAGGACCUCGAUAAAAUUCCGCUUAGCUAUACAUAUUAUAUAACAUUUUAUUAUUAUUUUUUUAAUUAAUGAAAACGUUGAAAAUCCAAUAUUUCCUAUUUCGGUGACAAUAUCCUCUCUGUAUGAUGUAAAUUUUUCUACCAUUUAUAUAAUUUUAUACAUAUUAUUAUAUAUAUUUUAUGUUUUUAAGUGUAUAAAUUAAUUUAUUAUUUAAGUAAAAAAACGAACAAGAACGAAAUUCUACUGUUAACACCUUUUUGUGUAUGUUUGAAAUCGAUACAUAUUUCAUACUUUCUUCCUCUCCCCCUUUUGGCUUUUCGGCAAGUAUCGAAACGCUAACCUAACUAGUAAUAAUAUAUAAUUCUCAUAGCAUAUUCAUGUUCUAAAAAUAAACUACUCACUUAUAAUUAUAUAUAUGUGUAUAUUUACACACACACAUAUAUAUAUAUAAUAACUAUAUAUUAUUAAUAUUGAAUUUUUUUUUAUAAUUUAUUUUAUACUUUUACUACUAUCAUUCAAGUAUAAUGGGAAGAAUCUCGUUUGUAUGAUUUUUUUUUUAUAUAUAAUUUUAUUAAGCCUUUAAGAAUAAAACAAAACUGCAAAAUAUUUAAA